AUGGCGGAAGAGAAGGUGGUAACAGGGAAGAAUGGCGAUGACCAAAGUGACCAAAACAUGGAGGGUCAAGCCUCAUUUACGCCGGAAGAGGAGCGCAGGAUCCUCAGAAAAAUCGAUUACAUGGACAAGCAGAGCUUAAGCUAUGCUUCAGUAUUUGGCCUCAUUACCGAUCUCAAACUUACAGCAGGGCAGUAUUCGUGGUGCUCAUCCAUCUUUUACAUCGGACAACUUGUUUCAGAAUACCCCUUCAUCUACUUGAUGAGCAGAUUGCCCUUAUCCAAGUUUGUUGGAGCCACAAUGUGGGUUUACCAUCCAUAUCCUGACGAGCGUCAUCCUACUCACGACUUGCGCAGCAUUCUUUGGGGAGGGGUAUGCAUGUGUCUGGCUGCUCCUAAAAAUUUUGCCGGCUUCGCUGCUGUGCGAUUUCUACUAGGCGUCACAGAGGGCGCUGUUUCACCUGCGUUCGUGACCAUCACGAGUAUCUGGUAUCGGAAAAAGCAGCAUGCCUUGAGAGUCGGCACGUGGGUUUCCAUGAACGGUAUCGCCCAGGUCAUUGGAAGUCUCCUGAUGUACGGCAUCGGAAAAAACACGGCACUUAGCUUGCAGCCCUGGAGGGUGUUAUUUGUGAUAUGCGGUGCCUUGACCGUUGCCUGCGGAAUCGUCUUCUACUUCAUCAUGCCAUCCGGCCCAGAGGACGCAUGGUUCUUGACGGAACGAGAGAAGCAAGUCCUGAUCGAGAGGAUGGCGGCGGACCGAGAAGGUGGCGAUAAGACGAAUUUCUCUCUGUCGCAGCUGAAGGAGGCUCUCACAGACGCAAAGGCUUGGUUUGCAUUUGCCUUCGGUGUCCUUGUCACGAUGCAGUCGUCUGUGUUGACGUUUGCGUCUCUCAUUAUCAAGAACCUCAACUACACCAAAUUUCAGACAAUGCUCUAUGCCGCCCCGUCAGGCGCCGUGCAAGUUUGCUUCAUCUGGAUCGGGAUUCUGGGCUGUUUCCUGCUUCCGAAGAACAGGUCCCUGGUUGUGCUCUUGUUGAUCAUCCCUCCGCUCAUUGGAAAUUGCUUGCUACUGAAGCUUCCGCUGACUGCUGGAUGGGGGAUGAUCGGCUCAUCAUGGCUGGCGUCGUGCAUCUCCGACAUUAUGGCUAUCCUGCUCAGUCUCAGCGCGUCCAACGUCAAAGGAAACACGAAACGAGCCAUUGUCAACACGUUCUUCUUCAUCGGCUAUUGCGCUGGCUGUAUCGCUGGUCCUCAGCUGUGGAAGGACAAUGAGGCGCCUCGUUUUUUCGAAGGCGAGGUCACCGCCAUCGUGACAUGGUGCCUGCUCUUCGUGGCGAUGUUGCAAAAUUCAAUGACUACAAGCUCACACUCCAAAUUGCCCUCCGAGGGCAUCACCAUUCCUCAUGACCCUUCUACCUUUGCGAUGGGGCACGAGGAGACUUUCUCUGUCUUUCUUUCUGUCGGUCGCGUUCACAAUCUGGCUGUUAUGGCCUCUAUACCCAGAGAAACCCCUGAACUGACGUAUGGCCGUCUCAAUAAGACGACACCUACCUCGCCUUAUGCUAUCGCGACUUUCCUAACCGAGGACACCUACCAAGCGCCCGACGACUACUACUUAUCGCGACGCACGGCAGAUUCCAUUCCUGGUCCUCAUCACCAACGCCGUCACCCAAGACAAACGGGACCAGUUGACAAAGGAUGGUGCGCAAGUGGUUGUCGUGGAGGAUGUGCCCCUUCGAUGGUGGAUUCACACGGGCGUGAAACGAUGGAAGGAUCAGUUCACGAAGCUUCGCAUCCUGGAGAUGAGACGCAGUACGAGCGCGUUCUGUUCAUAGACGCAGACACCAUCCUCACUCGGCCCAUCGAUGGAAUAUUCGAUGACCCCGAGUCAGUGAAUCCUUCGAAUACUCUGUUUGAGAAACGAGAGGCGAUCCAACGGGACGAAGAACAGCUGCCGGCGCAGUAUGUCUUUGCUGCACGGUCUGACAACGCCCUCGGAGGUCAGCGCGACCAUCCUUUCCCACCAGACCAUACGGACGAAUUCAGUGCCGGAUUCUGGCUGGCGGCGCCGUCUCACGAACUGUUCCGAUAUCUGCUCUCCGUAAUGCGCCAUUACAGACGGUUCGACCCCACGACGAUGGAACAGAGUCUCUUGAACUACGCAUUUAGAAAAGAAGGCGCAAUGCCCUGGCAGGAGCUGGAUUACCGCUGGAGCGCAACGUGGCCCAGCAUCAAGGACCUGCAAGGCGGAGUGGCGACGCUGCAUGAGAAGUUUUGGAUGACCGGACCGGAUGAAUUGAGGUCACUGUGGUGGGAUUUAAAAGGAAGAAUGGAGAGGUAUUAUGAGGCAGUGGAUGGCUGA